UUGUUAUCUAUAUCAAUGAUUUUGUUAAGAACAUACAUGGCAAGAUUAGCAAGUUUGCUGAUACAAAAGUGGGUGGUUUUGCAGACAGUUGGGCAAAAUUGCAGCAGGAUCUUAAUUGAUUGGCCGGGUGUUCUGGGGAAUGGUUGAUGGAAUUUAAUACAGAGAAAUGUGAGUUGCUAUUUUGUAAGUCUAACAUGGGCAGGACCAACACAGUGAAUGGAAGGGCUCUGGGGAAUGUUGUCGAGCAAAGGGAUCUAGGAGUGCAGGUGCAUGGUUCCUUGAAGGUGAACUCGCAGGUAGAAAGGUUGGUCAAAAAGGCUGCUGGCACAUUGGCCUUCAUCAGUCAUUGUAUUGAAUAUAGAAGUUGGGAGGUCAUAAGUCAUUGGUGAGGCUGCAUUUCGAUUAUUUUGGUCAGUUCUGGGCACCAUGUUAUAGGAAAGAUGUGGUCAAGCUGGCAAUGGUACAGAGAAGAUUUACGAGGAUAUUGCCAGGACAAGAGGGUCUGAGCUAUAGGGAAAGGUUGAGUUGGCUGGGACUCUAUUCCUUGGAGUGCAGGAAGAUGAGGGGUGAUCUUAUAGCGGUGUAUAAAAUCAUGAGGAAUAGAUUGGAUAGAAGCAGUCUCUUCUCCAGAGUAGGUGAAUCGAUGACCAGAGGACAUGGGUUUAAGGUGAAGAGGAAAUGAUUUAAUAGGAAUCUGAGGGGUAACUUUUUCCACACAAAGGGUGGUGGGUGUAUGGAACAAGCUGCCAGAGGAGGUAGUUGAGGCAGGGACUAUCCCAAAAUUUAUGAAACAGUUGGACACGUGCUUGGAUAGGAUGAGUUUGGAGGGAUAUGGACCAAACGCAGGCAGGUGGGACUAGUGUAGCUGGGACAUGUUGGCCGGUGUGGGCAAAUUGGCCCGAAGAACCGUAUCACUCUGACUAAUUUGCAUUUCUAUGCCCUUUCAGCUAAUCAAGUUGAUUUUAAUUUUAAUUAAUUUUCUGAUUUGAUGGAAGGUACAAUGGAAGGUCAAAAAGUGAUAACUGAAAUUCCUGCAGCUUUAAAACGCCUGGCAAAAUACAUAGUGCGUGGAUUCUAUGGAGUGGAAUAUUUCCUCACCCUGAACAUUCUUGUCCACUACCCCUGCGUGAAGGAGGAUGAUAUUCAACAAUUGCUGAAGUUUGAGAAAAAGCAGCUCCGAGCUGUACUCAACACGCUGAAAUCUGAUAAGUUUAUUAAGAGCCACAUUCGAGUGGUAACCAGUCCUGAUGGGAAGAGUUCCAGGCAUAAUUAUUACCACAUCAACUAUAAGCUGCUAGUGGAUGUUGUGAAAUACAAGCUGGAUGUUAUGCGCAGAAAAAUUGAAAAUGAUGAGAGAAAUUCAACCACACGAUCUUCUUUUAAAUGUCUUGUUUGUUUCAGUACAUUUACUGAUUUGGAAGUCAAUCACUUGUUUGACCCUUGCACAGGUAAGAUAUGCUCUUGAAACUUUCACGAGGAGCUCAGAUUCCAUCCAUUCUUUGCUCCAUUAUCAACCUUUUGUCCUCCUUAAAAAAUAACUUAAAUUACACUAACUACUUUGCUUGCACAAUUUGAAUUGUGAUGCAGUAACUUGGCCAAUUCCCAUGAAACCAAUAGAAUAUCACAGUAAGAAUCUUGUUGCUGACACUAGGACAGAGAACAAAUGUACAAUGAAUGAAUGAGUUUAUUGGCCAAGUAUUCACGUACAAGAAAUUUGCCUUGGUGCAGUACACUGUGGCAGCCAUCGUCAGCACAAGCAGCAGCAGCCUCACUGCAAGCGACUGCACAAUUUAACAGUUGAGGUGCUUCCUGCUACUUUUGCUUAGAUUUUGGACAGUUGGGGCAAUUUCUCGCAUUUUUUUUUGGUGAAGAUAGUAUUUAUUUGAGGCAAGAGUCUUUUUGUUACAUUGCCCUUCAUAAUGUU